AUGACUUCCUCGUUGCCGCCAGUUGUCGUCAAUGGAGGGCUGAUUGAGGGCAAGACAAGUGACGUGGAUGCCUCAAUCACCCUCUACCUCGGGAUCCCCUAUGCCGCUCCGCCCACUGGGCCCCGUCGAUUCCAGCCUCCACAGCCUGUACUUCCAUGGGAUGGGGUCAAGCAAUGCCAUCAGAUCGGACCCAUCUGUCCACAGGCACCCCCUGACCCCCGCUGGAUCAAUGUUCUCCAAGGUCAUCCACAGUCUGAGGAUUGUCUCUACCUCAACGUGUUCCAGCCCGGUGAAGCGCAUGAGAAGCCAUAUCCUGUGUUCGUCUGGUUCCAUGGAGGUGGCUUUCGGGAGGGUGGCAGUGCCGAUCCUAACUUUGAUGGCACGGCUCUAGCAAAGAAGGGCCUUAUUGUUGUGGUCCCUUCAUUCCGACUUUGUAACGCCGAGUCCGCGUCAGGCACGUCCGGAAUGAUGGGCAUGCUCGAUGCGAUCGAGGUGCUUCGCUGGGUGCAGUCCAAUAUUGCAGCAUUUGGGGGAAAUCCCAACCAAGUGACGAUAGGAGGACAGUCGGCAGGUAAUGCCAUGUGUCACACCCUACUUGUGUCGCCUCUGGCGAGGAAUCUCCUUCAUGGUGUUAUUCUGCAGUCCGGACCUCGGUCACUUCAGGAGCCGGCCGUGGCUAAUGGACCCAUGUCAUAUCGUACCCUACAGCAGGCAGAGGAGGAUGGCGUGCAGCUGCUCAGGGAGCUGGGGUUGCAGUCAAUCGAAGAGCUCCGGGAAUUCAAUGACAUAGACAAGCUGUGCGAGUUGUCCACCAGAAGAGAUCAUCGCUGCUGGGGCCCCCCGCCACUAUUUCGGUUGACCCUCGAUGGACAUGUCAUCCCAAAGCCCUGGCACCAGAUGCUGGCAGAGUGUCCGUCUAAUGACGUCCCGAUCCUAGCUGGCAUGAACAGCGAAGAGGGCGGUACCUACAAUGAGCCCCGCUUCACGUACGAUGACUUUGUUGAAUGUGUUGAGAGUCGUUUUGGACCGCAUUCGACAUACGGUCAAGGGGACUCGAAGUGGGUGAAACGAUUCCAUGAACUCUACACCCCCACAGACCAUGAAACCGGGAAGGGUCCUCUGGACGCGUGGAACAGGGCUGCUCGGGAUAACACGCGCAACAAUAUUGCGCUCUGGGCCCAGGAGUAUCAUCAGAAAACAGCCUCGCCCGUGUACGGGUACUACUUCACCCAUCCCAUCCCCCCCUGGAACAACUGGCAGCCAGAUUACUCGCAGCCAAAGGUUCCUGGAUUUACAAACCAGAAAGGCCCUGUUACGGGGGCUUAUCAUGGUGCGGAAUUUGCAUACACAUUCAACAGCCUCACUACCAAUAACCUCCGACCCUGGAGCAACACCGAUCGCAUUGUCGGCGAAAAGGUGUCCACGCUUUGGGCCAACUUUGUCAAGCACGGCAAUCCAAACGGUCCUCCUGGGGAGAAUAAGGGUCCAGAAGGCGUUGCUUGCUGGCCAAACCUCAAUGACCACCCCCACACUUUGUUGGAGCUAGGUGGGGAGUGGCAGACAAUACGAACCACGGACCCAGAAAACGAACAGUUCUGGACAAGCUAUGUUCGAUCUCAGAAGGCCUGGUAG